AUGCUAUCUGCACAAAAAAUUGGUAAUGCAGUGGAAAAGCAUUAUGGUUGCUCUUCUUUAACAAUGACCAUACAAGAUGGACCACAAGCAGGACAAACAGUGCCUCAUGUUCACAUGCAUAUUAUUCCACGUAAAAAAGGAGAUUGGGCAAAUAAUGACGAUAUUUAUGAAGAUUUAGACAAGAAAAAGGGUGUAGAUAACGAAGAUAGACAACCACGUUCACUAGAAGAAAUGAAGCAAGAAGCAGAUGAACUUCGUGUUUACUUUGAAUAA